AUGGCCGACGUAUCGUCAGCUGCAAGAACCUCCCAGAGCGGGGACUUGCACCAGAUUCGCGUUGGUCCAAAGGUAGGAACGAUUCUACUUGCCGUCGGUGGAAUUGGGACGAAUCCUCCAGAACACUGGACAAACUCCAAAGGCGAGCUAUGGCUGGGCGCACUCGACGCGCCUGACAUUGGGAUCUUAUCCUUUCCAAACCGGCUCGCAGGAAACGGCGUCCUGUCGGGAAGGGAUGUCGAGAGGGAGGGCGCGGCUCUUCUCGCUGCACUGGACCGGCUCGCCGUGGACGAAACGAGCCCGAGGACGUAUCGAAAUAUAAUGCGCAAGAUCGCCGUCUUCGUCUUCAUGGGAUGUCCGCAUUCCUCGUCUCGAGAUCCAAAGAACUGGGCUGGCGUUGAAAGCAUUGUCCAAAAGUUUACCAAGGGAAAGAAGAACGCACUGGACCCUCAUUGUGUUGAGAGUUUGGCUGUGGAUUGUGACGGAUUCCGCAUCAUCCUCGCGGAAAAUAACACGCCAGUCUUGACCGUAAGUGAGAAAAAGGGUAUGAGCCGACAGGUGAUUGGGAAGAAGGUUGUGUUUGUUGAUAAAGACUCGGCAACGAUUGGCCACAACCGGGAGACUCUGCUCGAAGAAAACUCCAACCAUCGGGACCUUUGCAUGGUUUCUAGUGGGAACACUCGGCCUUCUGUCUUUGACGAGUCUACCGUCAGAGACCAGAGCAGCGACGAAGAAGAUAUGACCAUGUUCGGCCAGAGUCCAUCGGGCCCAUCUUCAACCAACCACGGGACGUGGACUGGGAAGCAUGCCACGACGGGUAGUGAUAAGAUCAACCCCGAAGUCAUCUCGGCCCUGAAGAGUUUCACCAUCGAACACCGAGACCCAAUCCUGCCUUGCAAGCACAUCCCCCUGCCUAAAGACCCGGUCUUCUCCGGGCGCGAGGACACAAUCGCGAGUAUGCGAAACGCCCUCCUCACCCCCAUACAAGAACCGGAGGAUGAUUCAAGUGACUCCCUCGGCGACGCCACACCGCCCCUGAACGCCUAUUCUCUGUGUGGCCCCGGUGGCAUGGGGAAAACCUCCAUUGCCAACGAGUUCGUCCACAGGUACGAGAAGGAGUUUGACGCCGUCUUCUGGGUCGCGGCCGACGAGGAGACCAAGCUUUUCGACAGUUUCCGCGAGAUCGCUUUAAAGCUUGGCAUCGUUGAAGACACCGACGGCCAAGACCCUUCCGCGAUCCGGGAGACGCUGCUGGCUUGGCUUGCCAACCCUCUCAAAUCCUACGAGCACAUGGACCAUGCCAAGCCGGUGAGGGCGUCUUGGCUUAUCGUCUUCGACAACGUGGAAGGCGCCGAUACCCUCGAAGACUUCUGGCCGAAAGAAGCUGCCGGGUCUGUCUUGGUCACCUGCCGAAAUCCCCUGAUCAAAAACUCCCCCUACUUGCGAAACAUUGGUACCACGGUGCCCGAGCUUCGAGAGGAGGAGGGGGUGUCUCUACUGCUCCGCCUUACCGGCCGCGAGGGUGAUGAAGACGAUGUCAAGCGGGCUCCGGAUGUCGUUCGCACGCUAGGCAGAUAUCCCCUUGCCAUCGCACAAAUGUCUGGGGUCAUAAAGGCGCGAGAGCUCAGCUUCCACGAAUUCCUUGAUCUGUAUUCCGAGGAGACGGAGCGGAGAAAGAUGCUGGGAAUCUCGGAGGGGCAGUCGGCAUCCCUCCGCAGAUACAACCAAACACUCGGCACGGUUUGGGCCCUCGACGAUCUGAAGCAAGGCAGGGCCUUGCUGCAAGUCAUCUCUCUCCUUGACCCGGAUAGUAUCCCCGAAUCACUUCUCGAGAAGAAUCCAGCGUGCGCGGACUGGGAUCGCUAUCCCCAAACGUCGCUAGAAUACACAGAGGCUCGAGCCGAGCUCACAUCCCGAUCCCUCAUCUAUCGGAACCGAGACAAGAAAACACUACGCGUCCACCGCAUGGUACAAGACACAGUCAGAGCUCAGAUGGACGAUGUCACCUUCAACGAGGUAUACUCUCGAGCGCUGGAUAUGCUUGGCGCUCGGUGGCCGAGGGUCUUCAAAGGUUUCGGUAACGUACAGACGGACUGGAAACAGAAUGGUGAGCUCUGGGCUCAUAUUCUUUCGCUCUUCAAAUAUCGGGACCGUUUCGACCCGGUCGUGACUCAUCUUGCCGUCGCGAUAAAACGUAUGGACUUUACUCUGGACGUCCUGAUGUUCAGCAUUGCCGAUUCCAGGUUCAGUGCCUCGCCGACGAUGUUGUCCUUCUUUGACUUCCUGAGAGAAGCAGUGAAAGGGCACGAUGAUAGCUAUGAGCUACAGAUGAUUGAUGCUACUUUGCUGUACCGCCGAGGGGAGCUUGGGCUGCACAUCAACGACCGUGAGCACCCUCUCCCGGACUUUAGCCGAUGCGUCGAACAGCUGGAUCGACUGCUAGACGAGGAUGCCAAGAGAGCCGACUCAUACUUUGGAGCGACGGUUAACGAGCUCGGGUGCGCCCACCUGAUGAACUGGAACGACGAGGAUGGCCUGCGCGAGUUUGAGAGGGCAGUCACAAUCUUCCAGAACCUGAAACACCCAUCUGCGCAGGAGACAACCAUGGCGCAGAUCAACGUCGGGUUCGUGUAUGGCUAUCUCGGGCGGUACGAUGAGGCGUCGCAGAUAUUCGACGCGGCACUAAAGGACCGCUUUGAGGAGCUUGGAGAGGAUGACUAUUCCUCCUUUGUGAACGGAAAGCUGUAUAUGGGUUGGGGCAAUGUCAGGGCUGCACAGGGCCGACUCGAUGAGAGCUUCAAGCUACACGUCAGAUGCUUGGAGCAUUACAAGCGCUCUGUCGGCAACUUUCACCAUCGAACCGGCGACGGCUGUGUGAAGGCAUCUGACCACUUUGCUCGCACGGGAGACGCCCCCACGGCACUUGCGCUGCUUGACCAGGCUCUCAAGAUCUUCAGCCUCGAUGCAUAUCAUAGGCCCGAGGCCGCGAGGGCUCACUACAAGAAGGGAAACAUCCUCAAGGAGCUCGAUCAAGAAGAGGAGGCAAAGAAGGAACUGGACAUGGCUCUGGAGAUAUUCAACAGCAUUGUGCCCCCAGAAGACCGUGUCGGAGGUAUCGAUGAGCUAGACGAUGAGGAUUUUGAUCAUUGGAUCAUGUUUUGGUCUCGGUGA